UUUCGAGCAGGUCAUUUCUUCUAUCUCUCUGGGCUGGAAAAAACUGCAUGGCAGGUUUUCACCACUGACUUCUCCCCAUGGCUCUGGAGGGACUCAGGGCCAAGAAGAGACUCCUGUGGCGACUCUUCCUGUCUGCGUUUGGUCUCCUAGGCCUGUACCAUUACUGGUUCAAGAUUUUCAGGCUCUUUGAAGUGUUCAUCCCCAUGGGCAUCUGCCCUAUGGCCAUCAUGCCUCUGCUAAAGGACAAUUUCACCGGAGUGCUGCGUCACUGGGCCCGGCCUGAAGUCCUGACCUGUACCUCUUGGGGAGCCCCAAUUAUCUGGGAUGAGACCUUCGACCCACACGUAGCUGAGCGAGAGGCGAGACGGCAGAACCUUACCAUUGGACUGACUGUCUUUGCGGUAGGCAGGUACCUGGAGAAGUACCUGGAGCACUUCCUGGUAUCGGCAGAGCAGUACUUCAUGGUCGGCCAGAACGUGGUGUAUUAUGUGUUUACCGACCGACCGGAAGCAGUGCCCCACGUGGCUCUAGGCCAGGGUCGCCUGCUGCGGGUGAAACCAGUGAGAAGAGAGAAGCGCUGGCAGGACGUGUCAAUGGCUCGCAUGCUCACGCUACACGAGGCUCUGGGAGGGCAGCUGGGCCGAGAAGCUGACUAUGUGUUCUGCCUGGACGUGGACCAGUACUUCAGCGGUAACUUCGGACCCGAGGUGCUGGCAGAUUUGGUGGCACAGCUGCACGCCUGGCACUUCCGCUGGCCUCGGUGGAUGCUGCCCUACGAGAGGGACAAGCGGUCGGCUGCCGCGCUGUCGUUAAGCGAAGGCGAUUUCUACUACCACGCCGCGGUGUUCGGGGGCAGUGUGGCGGCUCUGCUCAAGCUGACGGCUCACUGUGCGACUGGCCAACAGCUGGACCGUGAGCAUGGCAUUGAGGCACGCUGGCACGACGAGAGCCACCUCAACAAGUUCUUCUGGCUGAGCAAGCCCACCAAGCUGCUGUCGCCAGAGUUUUGCUGGGCAGAGGAAAUUGGCUGGAGGCCAGAGAUCCACCACCCUCGUCUGAUCUGGGCACCCAAGGAGUACGCACUGGUGCGAACCUAGCAGGCCACCCUGGCCAGGCGGGCACAGGAACGUCUUUGGCACUGCGAGUGUUGAAUGGAAUUGCAAAAUGUUUCAAAAGCACGAAGUCAGAGCCAGUUACACUGCCUUUGGAAGGGGGACUUCGGAACUCAGAGGUACUGUGCCUGGGGCCGUACACCCUUGUCAGCUGGCCAGAGAGCCUUUUUGCUCCAACCAGAUGCAAAUUAUGGAAAGGCAAGAGUUUGUCAGCUUACUUUGCCUACAAGGCCUUCCUUAGCCCUUGGUAAUGGUUGGUGUCUCAGCUUCUGUCCGGACCUUAGGUUUGACAGCUGUCUGGAGCCAUUCCUGUGACCAGGACCUGCAGAUUCUCUUCUCUUGCUCUUCACGGUCUUCUGUUCUACUUCAGCCCCCAGCUCUCCAUUCUCUGCCUGUGCUAACAUGCAGCUCCCUGUCUGCAUUUGUUCAACUGCUUCUUCCUCCGUCAUCAGGAAGGUUUCCAUUCCUGCAGCUGGGCUGGCUUCCUGACCCAAUGAGCACUUCCCCUUCAGCUCCCAAGCAGCUGGCUGCCUUGCUGCUGUUGUAGUGUGGCUGGCAGACCACUCGGUUGUCACGGCCUCUGCCACCACCACGGCUGUCUCUUCAUGUUCCUAGACAGCCCUCAGCCUUGGCAAGGCCAUUCAAGGGAAGCCUCUUGUGGGACCCUUCAGCUCGGUCGGUGUCAUGUAGGAGCACGGGAGAGUGUCGGCUCUCCUCCCCAACCCCAUCCCUGCAUGCUAGCUCACUAAGGGCAGCUGAUCAUCUAGUUUUACAGCCAUAAAAGAGGUGUUUAAGCCAA